AUGUUCGGGACCAAAUUGACCCCCAGAACUCUUUCCAGGUCUUACAUUACACCCUCACUGGAACAUCUCAAAAAGGGUGCUGGUCUCAGUGGUAUUUUUUCCGAGAAAGGUCUACAAACAGCAUGGUUCGAUAGAGCAGAACUGCAUACGGAAAAGCUUAAUCAAUAUCUCAGUCAUAGCGAAGAAAAGCCUUUGGAAAGUAUCGUUCAUGGAUAUGCCAAAUCUGCAUCGAAACGCGAAGUUUUCAAUCAAGCAUCACAGCUUUAUAAUCUAAGAUUCGCAAUGAGCAGUUUGCAUGGCAAUGAUCUACCAUCCAUACAAAAACCGGGACCAAAAGUACUUCUAGAGACCCCAAAACUGGAACUCGAUUUUAAAAAUGAUCCCAGGGAAACUGGAAACGCAAGAUUGAGCUCUGCACUUGCUUCAUCGUUUGGAUCUCUGAUCGAAUUUAGAUCUCUACUGCUUAAUUCUAACAAAGCUAUUGCUGGAGACGGUUUCACUUGGCUUGUAGCCAGAAAGGUCAAUACAUCUCAAAGAGAAUCCUUGGCGUCUGGAAAUGUGGAGUUUGACUGGCUUUACGUGUUGAAUACUUAUAAUGCAGGGUCUCCAUUCAAUUUCAAUAAAGUUGGCCAUAUCAGCGAUCUCCAAAGGCAGUUCGAAAAACUAAAACCUGUCGAAGAGGAGGUCGAAGAAGAGAACUCUAACCCGCUGCAAAUAAAGUCGGUCCAGGAAGCAAGAGAGUCAGAAUCCUAUAAAUCCGCAACUUACGUCCCGCUCUUGGCUAUAGACGCUUCUCCCAAAGCUUGGCUAACGGACUAUGGUGUAUUUGGUAAAGAUUUGUACCUUGAGAGGGUAUGGGAAUCGAUCGAAUGGAAUAUAGUGGAGCAAAGACUUCCCGCUAGAGCUCCAAACUAUCAACUGACAUAA